AUGUAUGCUAUUGUGAAGCUAAUAUGUCCGGCACUGGUUAACAGAAAGCGAGCUAUUCUGCAGCAAGACAGUGCAAGACCUCACACUGCUCGAGCUACCCGGAAUAAACUUCAGGAACUUGGGGGAAUCGAACUGAUGUCACACCCAACAUGUAGUCCAGACAUAGCUCCCUCAAAUUAUUACUUGUUCCGAUCCAUGACUCCCUGCCUACAGUCGAGACGCAACAAAGAAGAGGUGGGAGCUUUAAUAAAGAAGUUUCUCACCUCGCAGGACAAGAACUGGUAUCAGUAUGGAAUCAAAAUACUGGCAGAUUGGUGGCUUCAGGUUGUGCAAUGCGAUGGUCUCUACUCUGAAUGCUAG